UUUAGCAUCCAGAUAUCUGUUCUUAUGAAUAUGACUCUUAUUCUUUUUUAUUUACUAAGCCCCCUGACAUAGGAAAUUGAAGAGAGAAAUAAAAAGAAGAGCGCGGAAACAAGACCUCCAUAGCAGUGUAGCUGAGCUUCAAUGGAUGUUUGAAGUUGCUUGUGUUGUGUUAUGUUAUGAUGAGGCAUCUCAAGAACCUUCAUACCAAGACCCUUCUGUUCUUUUCCUCAUCCACCAGAACCUUCCACCCUCUUCACCAUUCUAACAACAACAACAACUACUACUACCCUUUGAUUCUCACUUUCCCUCAAACCAUCAGAAGAUUCUCCUAUUCCUCCAUGUUCCAUAAAUAUUCGAUUUUGAUCCCACCCACUAAGACCCAUCUCUAUGCUUCAUUCUUUUGCACCCUCAUUCGCCUCUACUUGGCAUGUGGCAGGUUCUGCUUAGCCUCUGAUGCUUUCUUUUCCAUGCGUGGUCUUGGUCUUGUUCCCUCUUUGCCUUUGUGGAAUAAGCUUUUGUAUGAAUUCAAUGCCUUUGGUUUGGUUUCUCAGGUAAAAGUGUUGUAUUCCGAGCUGGUCUUUUGUGGGGUUGUGCCUGAUGUUUUCACUGUUAACAUAUUGGUUCAUUCGUUAUGCAAAAUGGGGGACUUGGAUUUGGCUUUAGGGUAUCUCAGGAAAGAUAAUGAUAUUGAUAUUGAUAUUGAUACUGUUACCUAUAAUACUGUCAUUUGGGGAUUCUGUGAGCAGGGAUUGACUGAUCAGGGUUUUGGAUUGUUGUCUGAAAUGGUUAAAAAGGGUGUAUGUGUUGAUUCAAUCACUUGCAAUGUACUAGUUAAGGGGUAUUGCCGAAUUGGAUUGGUUCAAUAUGCAGAGUGGGUCAUUUACAACCUGGUCGAUGGGGGGAUUCCACAAGAUGUUAUAGGUCUAAACACCUUGAUUGAUGGGUACUGUGAAGCUGGGUUGAUGAGUCAUGCACUAGAUUUGAUGGAGAACAGUUGGAAGAAUGGUGUCAAUCCUGAUAUUGUUACUUAUAAUACUUUGCUCAAUGCUUUUUGUAAAAUGGAUGAUCUUGUAAGGGCCGAGUCUCUUAUCAAUGAAAUUUUAGCCUUUCGGAGGGAUGAAGAAUCUGGUCAGUUAAAAAAUUAUGUUGUUGAUACUCAGGAUGAGAUAAGAGAUUUGCGGCCAACGGUUGUCACAUACACUACAUUGAUUACUGCAUACUGUAGGCAUCAUAGAAUUGAAGAAUCCCUUUUUCUGUAUGAGCAAAUGAUUAUGAAUGGAAUCAUGCCUGAUGUGGUUACUUGUAGUUCUAUUCUUUAUGGACUUUGCAGGCAUGGUAAAUUAAUUGAAGCGGUGGUGUUGCUGAGAGAGAUGUAUGAAAUGGGUUUAGAUCCUAAUCAUGUCUCAUACUCUACAAUUAUUAAUUCUUUCUUCAAAUCAGGGAGGGUAAUAGAAGCUUUUAAUCUUCAAAGCCAAAUGGUUGUUCGGGGCGUUUCUUUUGAUCUAAUUAUGUGCACAACUAUGAUGGAUGGACUUUUCAAGGUUGGGAAAUCUAAAGAAGCUGAGGAAAUGUUCCAAAGCAUUUUGAAGUUCAAUCUAGUCCCAAACUGUGUCACGUAUACAGCAUUGCUUGAUGGGUAUUGCAAGCUAGGAGACAUGGAGCUCGCAGAGUCAGUAUUGCAAAAAAUGGAGAAGGAACAUAUUCUUCCAAAUGUUAUUACUUUUUCUUCUAUUAUAAAUGGAUAUACUAAAAGAGGAAUGCUUAGUAAAGCAGUUGAUGUGUUAAGGAUGAUGGUCCAAAGGAAUAUUAUGCCAAAUACUUUUGUUUAUACAAAUUUAAUGGAUGGCUAUUUUAGGGCAGGUGAGCAGGAAGCUGCUGCUGGUUUCUAUAAGGAAAUGGAAUCAUGGGGAUUGGAGGAAAACAACGUCAUAUUUGAUGUCUUGUUAAACAACUUGAAAAGAGUUGGAAGGAUGGAGGAAGCUCAGUCAUUAAUUAAAGAUAUGCACUCCAGGGGUAUUAGCCCAGAUAUUGUUAACUACUCUUCUUUAAUAGAUGGCUACUUUAAAGAAGGAAACGAGUCAGCUGCUCUUUCCUUAGUCCAGGAAAUGACAGCGAAAAACACACGGUUUGAUGUUGUUGCUUACAAUGCUUUGAUUAAGGGACUUUUGAGGUUGGGGAAAUAUGAACCACAAUCUGUGUUUUCAAGAAUGAUAGAGUUGGGUUUGGCUCCAGAUUGUGUUACGUAUAACACUCUAAUUAACACAUUCUGCAUAAAAGGUAACACAGAGAAUGCUUUGGAUCUCUUGAAGGAGAUGAAGAGCCACGGGAUAAUGCCAAAUGUGGUCACUUAUAACAUUCUGAUUGGUGGGCUUUGUAAAACUGGUGCAAUUGAAAAAGCAAUGGAGGUUUUGAAUGAAAUGUUGGUUAUGGGGUUUGUACCUAUGCCAGUUACUCACAAGUUUCUGCUUAAAGCAUCUUCAAGGAGUAAAAAAGCAGAUGCAAUUUUGCAAAUCCACAAGAAGCUUGUGGCUAUGGGCCUCAAACUCGACCAGACUGUGUAUAACACUUUAAUCACUGUGUUAUGCAGGUUAGGGAUGACUAGAAAAGCAAAUGUGGUGCUCAAUGAAAUGGUGACAAGAGGAAUUUUAGCUGAUAUUGUUACUUAUAAUGCCCUUAUUUGUGGUUACUGUACAGGCAGUCAUGUGGAGAAGGCGUUUAAUACUUAUUCACAGAUGUUGGUUAAUGGAAUCUCUCCAAAUAUUACGACUUACAAUACCCUUUUAGGAGGUCUUUCAACUGCUGGUUUGAUGAGAGAGGCAGAUAAAUUAGUUGGCGAGAUGCAGGAAAGAGGACUUGUCCCAAAUGCCACUACCUAUAAUAUAUUGAUUUCUGGCCAUGGUAGAGUUGGAAAUAAACAGGAUUCUAUAAAACUUUAUUGUGAAAUGAUAACCAAAGGUUUUGUUCCCACUACAGGAACAUAUAAUGUGCUUAUUAAUGAUUAUGCAAAAGCAGGAAAGAUGCGUCAAGCUAGAGAACUUUUGAACGAGAUGCUGACACGAGGAAGAAUUCCUAAUUCUUCAACAUAUGACAUUCUAAUCUGUGGAUGGUGCAAACUAUCGUAUCAGCCAGAGAUGGACAAGGCACUUAAACUGUCAUAUCGGGCUGAGGCAAAAAAAUUGCUGAGAGAGAUGUGUGAAAAAGGACAUGUGCCAUCUGAGAGCACCCUCUUAUAUAUCAGUUCAAAUUUUUCUAUACCAGGAAAAAAGGCUGAUGCUAAAAGGUUGUUGAAGGUAUUCACACAAAAGAAGAAUGCAUGACAGAUGGUCUAAUAGACAGACAAUGAGAUGAUGUUAGACUGCUGCAACGAUCAAAGAGGACCACAGCCACUCUCUUGGUCAGUGAGGAUGAAAGUGGCCAUUGGUGCUGCCAGAGGACUUUCUUUUCUUCACAAUGUCAAAUCGCAAGUCAUAUACCGUGAUUUUAAAGCAUCUAAUAUCCUACUAGAUGCAGAGUUCAGUGCUAAACUCUCUGAUUUUGGCUUAGCGAAGGCUGGCCCUACGGGUGAUAGAACUCGUGUCUCUACUCAAGUCAUGGGCACUCAUGGAUAUGCUGCACCUAAAUAUAUUGCAACAGGUAGGUUGACAACCAAAAGUGAUGUAUACAGCUAUGGGGUUGUGUUGCUUGAACUUUUUUUCCAGUAGAUGCGCAGUUGAUAGAACAAAAGCUGGUAUAGAGCAGAAUCUGGUAGACUGGGCAAAACCAUAUUUGGGUGACAAAUGAAGACUAUUUAUUUAGGAUUAUGGACGCUAAGUUGGAGGGCCAAUACCCUCACUCUUGCUGUAAAAUGCCUUAGUGAACCCAAGGAAAGGCCUUCAAUGACAGAGGUAUUAGAAACAUUGGAACAGAUUGAAGUCCCUAAAAAUACAGGGCGAAACUCCCAAUCGGAACAGAAGAAAGUUGAUGUUUCUAUAAGAAAGUCUCCUGCAAAGAAUCGUUCCUCUUUAAAGCAUACUCCCACUGAAUUCCCAUUGCCAUCUCCCAGACAAUCUGCUCUUGUACACUAGACUUUGAACAUAAAAAGGUGAAUCUCGGUACAUAAGGUUCCCCAACUUGCAAGAGUAAAAGUGAGGCUCCAAGAUUCAAACCCGUGAUCUUUCGAUUACAAAGAGCAACCUUAUCGCUGCUCCAUACUCAUAAUCUACACUAAACUCUAAACAUCUGUAUAUAGAUUUCUUAUCUUUAUUAGGUUGUGUUUUUUUACAGGAUAUAAUUAG